CAUCACACACUGCACUAUGGACGCCAAGCCAGGCCUCUUCUCGGGCCUUAGCUUGCGCCGCCCUCCACAGACCGGGACGAUUGCGCAUCCCCUUCUCGGCGCUGGGUCGCCCGAGUCGGACGGCGACCGUGAGCUCAAGGAGCUGCCCUAUAAGCCCCGACAGCGCGCGCCCUCACCAGCGAGCCCAGCACGAAGCGCCGCCGACCCGCCGAGCACGCAGCCACAGCCGGCCCCCCCAGCGAUAACUACAAGCACAGUCGCUGCGUUUGCGCCCGAAGAAGCUGGUGCCGCUGGGCGGCUGCAGCUGCAGAGCCUCAAAGCGGCCGCACAGCGUAUCGGGCUCAACAAUGGGAGCAUGGGAAUGGGCAUGGUCGACUCCCUAUUCGAGAAGGGCGCGCGCGUGCGCGCCGAUGGCGACUGGGCUGACCUCUUCAAAGCUCUUACCACUGGCAAGGCGAUCAUCCUCCUCCCCUCCUCGCCCGCGUCGAGCUUGCCCAUGACACCACAGACGCUACGUGACCACAUUGCUUUCCUAUCGCCCGCGCUUUCCACUCCCUCCGGGCCAGCAAGCGUACUGGUCACCCUCUCCGGCCUAGUGGGAUCGCUGCAAAGUGGCACUGUGACCUUCGAGUCAUGCGUUCCCGCCGACUCUCAGCUCCUCCAUGCCCUCCGGCAAGAGGAAUAUCGCGCAGACGUCCUCAGUCGCCUGCGCCCGACCCACCUCGCCGCGCCCACGCUUUCCUCCCCCCUCCCCUCACCCUAUCCAGCCUUCAGCCUCGCGUCGGAAAGCACGCCCCUUGCGUUCCCGCCGCUCGGGCGAGGUGCACCCGAGAAGCGCCCCGAUCCCCGCCGAUACCCCUUCAUGUCUUUGUUUGGGAGCAGCUCCAGCACACCACGGACUGCCGGCGCACUGAGCCCGGACCGGCCCGCGAGUCCCAACGCCAGCGGACGCAGCUCGCCGAAACCAAGCGUGCUCAGCCUGGAGGACGACCAUGGCGAUGGCUAUUCUGUCAUCGCAUACGUGAUCGACCGCGGGAUUCGGUACGCCGAGGUGCACAAGGCACUCAUCACGGCUGUCCGUGGCGCCGUUCGCACAGAGCUCGAGGGUUUGCCAGAUCGCGUGAUCGACAAAGUGCUCCGCUUCGUCACUGGCUCCGUGUGCCCCGCCUCAGGCGACUCAGCCCUCCUCAAGGCACAUCACCACGCCCUCGGCGGUGAUAGCGACGUACCCCUUGAUUUUUCAAAUCCGACACUUGCGGGCGAGAGGUCUCAAGACUUCAUGGAGGGCGUGUAUGAUGACCUCGUGAGGCACUUCCGCGCCGAGGGACCCAAGAAGUGGGAGCACGAUGAGGAGGCACACGAAGGAUAUAUCGAGGACGAGGCGGGCGAUGGAACAGAGCGCGUUGAGGCCCUCGUGUGCCGGCUGCUGCACAACCGCAUCUUUUCGCCGCUCAACUCUGACGACUCGAGACACGAUGAGGCUCUUGCCAGCCGCAUCGCCGCGCUCAACAUGCUCGACCUAAGUCUCGACCAUCUCGGGCUCAUUACACGGCCUUCAGGCGAGGCGGAUAAGGGUGCCGUUGCGCGCGGUCUCGCCGAGCUCGUGGACGACAUUGGUCGAGAACUGCAGAAGCUCUCAAGGGCCAACUGCCUUACGCCCAAGGACAAGGCAGACGUGCUCGUCCAUGCCCAUACGAUUGCUGUUGACGGGCUGGCACGGUUGCCACGCAUAGAUCUUAGACCUGAAGGUGAACCGUAUAUCCCGGAGGAGCCGGAGACCGUCCCCGAGAGCGACACACCCGAGCUGCGCGUCUCAGAUCCCAACGGCGAGGGGACGGAGCUCGUAGAGGCGGGGACACCGGGUGCCCCGACGCCUGAGCCCGCCGAUGACAGCGCCGAGACCUCAGCAGGGGAAGAGGGAGCGAAGACGUUUGCGAAGACAGAUGAGCCACGUGAAGCGACCGAGCAGGAGAAGAAGGCUGCGGCAUCAUUACAACCGGCCACCGAGGUUCCUGAGAAGCCCAAGCCUUCCACAUCUGGCGCAGACCUCAUUCUACCCCUCAUAAUCUUUGCGGUCGUUAAGGCCAAUCCCCUGCAGCUCGCCUCCCAACUCAUGUAUCUCCGCCGCUACCGCUCUGCCAUCUGCCUGGCCGGCGAGGCGUCGUACGCCAUCGUGAAUCUCACCGCUGUCGUCGAGUUCCUCGAACACGUCCAGCUCUCCGAGUUGGGCCUGGACUCGAGCGAGCGCGUAAUGAGUGUGGCGGAUCUCGCGCCCAUCUCGCUGGGGGACAUGGACGACGCCGCCAUCGCCUCAGCCAGCAGCCGGAUCAAGGGCCGCCUCCUGCCUGAUCUGGCCGGCAGCGCAGCGGACGGCGCCACACGAGUGCUCGGCGCCGUGGAGGGCGGCAUCUCCGUCCUGCGCGGCUUCAUGUCGUCCGCGGAAGAGGAGAGGCCCACGGGUCGGCCACGGCAGAGCUCGACCUUCUCGCUUGCUUCCGUCACUGCGAGCGUCGCGAAUAUCGCUGCGGCGGCGAGCACGGCUGCGGCGCGUACGCGCUCACGCGCGUCGAGCGAAGCAGCGCAGCAAGGGCGCGAGCUCGUCGAGGUGCCUCCCGGCGCGCAUAGCGACGAGGAGGGGCACGAGGGCGGGCGCGUGACGUCUCCAAUCGAGGAGGAGGAGGAGCUCGAUGAGCGCCCCUCGCGCGCCCGCUCAAUCGUCAGCGUCAGCUCUAUGAUGCGCGAUGGCUCGCGCGAGCGCGAGCGCGAGGGUGUGAACGCGCGCCUCUCCUCGCUCGGCGCCCGCUUGGCUGAGGGCGGCCCCGCGGCCUUGCCUGAGAAGCCCUCUACACCUGUUGUGACGGCGCCUCCUGGAGCUGGGAAGGACGGCUUCUUCGCGACGCUGUCCAAGCGCCGCUUGCCGAGGAGUCCGAGUGGGACGCUGCUCGCGCCCGACGAUGGGCCGAUUGAGCGCUUCAUGACUUGCGAAGUGGGGGAUAUCCGGCUCAGCGAGGUGGGCACGCUGCUGCGCGACUAUCGCCGCCUCGCAGCGGUUGUGACGCGGUUACAGGGACAGUAACGGAAUGUACCGUAUCCAUAGAGGAUGCAUUCUAACACUACAAC